UCACUGUGCUUCCUGUUUCGUUCACCAUUUCUCUGAAGACUCCGAAAAACUGUCAGUUCUGACCCACAAACACUCAAACACACAUGCAAACAUUGCCGUGUUUGACUCACCUUUAAAGGAAAUUCAGAGACAAUUUAACGUCAGAAUGCCUCAUCCUGUCUGCAAAUUUAGUGGUAUCCUCUCCUGGUGAUAACUGCGUUGUGAUCAUCUGAUCUCUGUGUUUUUCAAGAGUGAAAUUAACACUCAUUUACAGUUGGUUGUUUAACCUCCAGCAUGGACCUUGUGUUGGUUCUCCCCCUGAUACUCGCCUUCAUUUCCAGUGGACAGAGUCACACUGAGGUGACAGAACAAGCCACUAAUUUGUGUUAUAAACUGUGCCCAGCAGGAUAUUAUAAAAUUGGUACAUGUGAUGAUCCAGUUGCAAAGUACAAAUGUAAAAGAUGUGAAACUAACACAUUCACAGCGAUAGAAAACUUUUUAGAGAGGUGUCUCAGGUGUGAGACAUGUAAUCAUGAUGAGAUAGUAAAAACACCCUGCUCCACUAGUAGUGAUGUGGUAUGUGACUGUAAAGAAGGAUACUACUACGGAGGCUCCAACUCGAGUCCAAAAUUCUGCAAGCCAUGCAAAUGUCAAAAUUGUAAUGAGCCUAUUGAUAAUGACGACUACAAAAAGAAGUGCCUGCCCUGCCAAAGGGAGGAUUGUCUGAAUGACUCAGAAUGCAAGAGGAAGUGUACAUCAACAACUGCUCCACUUUCAACUACGACUACAUCUACAACUACAUCAGGAAAAUAUAUGUCUGCCUCAGCUACAUCUACGACAACCACAUCUGCAAACGAAACAUAUCUUAUUAAGGAUCCAAUUACACCUCCCUCGACUGACCUGACGCGCUGGCUGUUUGGCUGGGUGGUUGUGUUGAUAUUUGUGCUGUUCUUUGGGCUCCCGCUGCUCAUCACCAGGAGGUAUCUAGGAAACCCAAACUCUUUUCCCUGCUGGAGCACGGACAAAGGCGUGGAGCUGCAUGUCGAGGACCCCAAAUUAUAUGAACAACACAGUCAUCAAGGCAGCAGCCCGACCACGCUGACAUUACACAUUUCUGAGGAAACCCCCAUGAUGGUUCUCAGUCACAGUCCUGCCACACCACAACAUCCAGCCCUUGUCAGUCCUCUGUUGCCAAAUGCUGAACACAAAGCUGCCAGACGAAAUGAGCAAUCAGAGCGUUGGCCGGCCAUCGUCCUCUAUGCAAUUAUCAAGGAGGUGCCCUUGCGUAGGUGGAAGGAGUUCUUGCGUCUGCUCUUGGUGACGGAUCAGCAGAUGGAGCGGGUGGAGCUGGAAGCCGGUUUGGGUCUGGGCUCCAUGGAGACACAGUACCAGAUGCUGAGGCUGUGGAGCCAGCGCUCCUCUGCUAGCCUUGACGACAUCUUCUCCGCUUUGCACUAUAUGGAUUUGUCCGGCUGUGCCCAGCUGCUGCAGGAAAGCCUGGAGAAGCUGCACUGGGGGCCUGAACAGAGGCAAGGUUUAGCUUCCUGCAGAAGUAACACAGACUGUGGUCUCAGUGGGGCAUUACAGGAAACAUGAGUCUGUAUGUAGAGACAUAAAUAUCAUGCUACUAUGUAAUGCAGCACAUCAGUGCUUCAAACCUGGACACCAGUGCAUAAGACUUGAAACUUGAUCCAUACUGAGUAAUGCAGAUGUAUAUUACAGUUUAAGCAUGAAAAAGCAUUACGGAGCUUACGGAGAGAUUCUGAUAGGUCCAUCUGCAAUUGGACUUUUCCCUCUUAUUUUAAUGGAUAAAUAUCAUCAAAUCCAUUCCAGAUAAGUGUUUAAUAUGGCAGAAUCAGCAGCAUAACUGGAGCUUGGAUCAUUAAGUGGCCUCUUCAGAUAUAUUUUAAGAAAGACAUCAUGCUUGUUAAUAUUCUGUAGUAAUCUACAGUAGGCGAGAGAAAAUUAAUCUAGAAAAAAGAAUGAAUGGAAAUUCCCUUCUGUGUCCUAUCAAAUACCACUUAACCUUCAGGUUCUGUUGUGGUGUUUUCUAAAAGUCAGUAGUGGGGGGCUGCCGUUUCAGAGUGCACUGCUUAAAUGUGAAAAUGUUUAACUGUGAUUGUAUAAGAUUAAAGGUAAGUAGGCCAAAACAAAGACAAACAUCCGAAGUCAAGAAGCAAUUCACAUUUACCUCCAGAAACUGGUGCUCAUCUUUUCUUUUUUUUUCUUUUUUAAAGCAUGUUACUAGUCAAAGUAAAGACUCUUGUUCAGUUUGAGUAUUUAAACUGUGUGAAUAUUUCAGUGUACAUCUAUGAUGUUUGAGCAGCACUGUGACAGAACAUAUCACAGUGUCUGACAUUUCCUUCAUCCCAUUUGACAUGUCAGUCUGGUAGAACAACCCAGCCGCUAAUUCUUGUGAACCCUCAUGAGGGAAGGGAACCGAAAUCCCCACAGGACGUCAGUUUUUCAGUUUCCUGCAAAUAAAUGGUGACAAGGUGGAGCAGGCUGGGUUUUUCCUCACCACACAUAUUCCAUCCAAACUGAUGGUUUCCUCUGGUGGUGUUGUUGUAUCUCACUUUGAGAAUUUGUUUUGUGUCAGUUAAGUUACUGACAGUAAAGAAGUUGGACUUUCCAAUAAGAGAGUUUAUUAAUGAAUGUAUUAAUGUGAAUCUAGGUCAGUGGUUUUGAGCUGUGGAUUUGAGCUGUAUGCGUGUGUAUAUAUUUAUAAUAAUUAUUUCAUUUCUGAAACUUCCUAUGGAUGUUUGCAUAUGUUGUUACAAAGUUCAGUGAAUGGAUUAGCGUAUAAAAAACUAGCACUGUUUAUCCUCACUGGAGUUACCUAUGUUACAACUGUAUGUUAACGUGCUACUGUCAUGAAUAAAAUUCUUGGCCACAAGAUGGGAGUGUUGGCCGAGUGUUUGAACAGCA